AAAGAAUCUUUAACCUAAUCUUUAACCGUAGAGAUUAUAAGUGACUCGGCCAAUGUUGGUUAAAGAUUCUUUAUAAAGAAUAUUGUAGAGUAAAUCAAGGGCUAUUUUUGAUAUACCAAAGAGUACAAGUUGGAUCCUCGUUUGCAUAUGAAGAAAAAGCCACUUAAAAUAUCGCUUAUAUCGUCUUUUAGGUCAAUUUGUCUCUUGUAAAAACACUUUCUUCCUAUGGAAAUGAUGUAUAAGGAUUGUUCAUAGAGUAUUUUAUUCAGUUUUUCACUGGCUAUUGUUUCAUAUCAAGAUUUGUGUGAAAUCUAUGCUGGGCUUUUCAAAAAUAUUAUUUUUUUAACAACGACGUCCUCUGAUGGAAUCUCAAAAUAAUCAACGUUGAAAACGUAUUUUGAGCUUAUUUUCCGUAAGAACAACUGGAAAAUGUGGCCAAACGUCUUUUCUAUAAUAGUCGAGUCAAAAUAGGCAAAAAAGAAACGAGGGACCGUUUUCUGAUGAAGUUAACCCCCUCCUUUCAGCACGUUGUAAGUCUUGUAUCAAUCAUGGACUGGUUAUAGUUGACUGAAAUUUGAUAAAAACGUCAACAUGAAACUUUUGGGCUCAUAUUCUCUCUUCUUACAGGCAUUAUUGGUUCACUGUUUUCAAUUCUGCAAUAUCUAUCAUCAACGUUGGCUGGUUCAGCGUCUGAUCGUUAUGGUCGAAAACCCAUACUAAUUCUAUCCAUGGUAGAUCGCUAGUUUUACACAGUAAUAAUAUUCCACUGUUGUAUAUAAUUUUCUUCAAAUGUUCGUUGGUACAUAGUAUUUUUAUUUUCUUUGUUCGUUUUCUUUUAGUUAGGUAUAUCGUUAUCCUAUGCAAUAUGGUGUGUAUCAUUCAAUUUAACAGUGUUUAUUAUUGCAAGAAUCGUUGGUGGACUAGCCAAGGCCAAUGUAGCUAUUGUACUUUCAAUUGUAUCAGAUGUAACAACAGAAAAUGAACGAAAUCGUGCAAUGGCGUGGAUUGGUGCAGCAUUUUCAUUAGGUUUUAUCUUUGGACCAUUACUGGGUGCUAUAUCCAGUCAUUUGGGUACAAAAUUUUGGCCAUUAUCACCGUUUAGUUUCUAUGUUUUACCCGCUACUAUUUCAUUAGUAUUAUCAUUAAUUAAUAUUGCUUUUAUCAGUUUUCUUUGUCCAGAAACCUUACCAGAGUCAAAACGGAAUGAAGAAGUCAAAACUAUUUCAGAUAUAUCGAAUGUUAUUUUUCCAUGGCAUUUAUUCAAAUUUUCUGCUUUAAAAACAAUAAAAACAAUGGACGAUGUUUAUAUUUUACGCCGUCUUGGCUUAGCUAGUUUUUUAUACAUGAUCGUAUUUGCUGGUCUCGAAUUUACCAUUACAUUUCUUGUUUAUAAUCGAUUUAACUAUAACAGGUGA